AUAGUUGGUCGUUCUUGGGCAAAACUAGUUAUUUAUAUCCCUGCUGUUUUAAAUUACUAAUUAUUUACGUAUUAAUUACACGUAAGCAAUGCAGUGUUUACAAAAAUAUUGCGGCUCGCCGAACAGAUUGGUGGAACGCGGCCUGGAUUUGCAUCUGCGUGCAAAACGCGCCAAAGAUUGUCUGCGUUGGGGUUCUUUGAAUGUAGUGCUGCUAGCAAUCCUGCUUUUCGACAUAUCUAAUCAGUGUCCAUAUGCGUACUCCAAAUGGUACUAUGUAGAAUAUUUGGCGGCUGCGCUAUCGGGACUUGGAGCAUUUUCAUGCUUCUUAAAGUACUUUCUCUACCUAUUCCAUACAAAUCCGAUAUUGGGUACAAAGGAACAGAAAAACUUACUCAAGUUUGAUGAGUGUGAUUCCUCAUUUGUUGUUACACCACCAGCGCAAAGAAAAAAGCAAUCAUGCGAUGAUUUGGCGCCUAGUCAAAUCAACAACACUCUUCUAAGCUGGCAUUCAUCGUUUAACGACUCUCGCGCUGCCAUGUCUCACAAUUGGAGUUACAGCCGCACUACGCCGCCACGUACCAGCUUUAGCCCGCAGCAACAAACGGCACCGCAUAAUGCGUCCUGGAAUUCUUCUAUGGGCAACAGAUCACUCACGCUUCCAGCAAAUACUAGUGGUUUAAACAAUACCAAUCCCAUGAUCGAAUCUUAUCCUAAAUACAGGCGUGAGGAGCUGAUAACAGAUAAAGAGACCCUAAAACAAUAUCUAAAAGAAUUUUCUAUGCAUGAGCAAAGCAUGAACGACACAGCCGAUGUGAGCCAUCACUAUAAUACAGGUUCAGUGAAUUCAUUCUGGAACUAUUGCAAUACAGCAGCAAAUAUGCUAAAAACUUCCAUUUAUCAAUUGGCUCCAAUGACAACGCCUUCCAUACCUAGUAAACAAUCAGCAAGCGAAGAUGGUGGCCUCAAAUUUAUGGAUAGCAAUUCGGAGAUUAUAAGACGUAUUUCAUCUGAAAAACUAUCGCAAUAUGUGGCCAAUUUGCGAAGGUGGAUGUCUGCAACCAUUCUGGAGCGUUUAGCUAAAGAAAUUAAAAACAUAGAUGAGUCAUUUAAGAAUCGUGGAUUCGCUGAUAUGCGUAUGGGUGGCAUUGGACUGGAGCGCCUAAAGAAAACUGUUGAAAACCAACAAUUUGUUAAUCAGUACAUGCCAAUGUUGCCAUUGAUUCUGCCAUUUUUGGAAAUGUCUAGUAAUCAAGAGUAUCUAGUACAGCGGAUUAAAGAUUUGGCAGAAGGCUCUUGCAUAGCUGACUACCGCUGGAACUCAGGUGCAGCUUACCAUGGUCUAAAAUGGGAUGAGCAUCUACCCACUGAUUCGGCUAUAUUGUUUCACCUAUUUUGCGUUUACAUGGAUAGUCAACUAAUGCCUCUGCCACAAGGUGGUGGUCGCCCCUUCUUCAGUCGUUAUGUGAUUAUAGGCAAGGAGAAACGUUCUGCCAAGGAAACGGUAGCGCUUGUUCAAAAUAAAGCACACUGCGCUAUACUAUGUACGAACCCGCAGAAGCCACGUUUUAAUUUCAUAAGUGAUAAAGAAAUUCAUACAUGCGCCUACGAUCGUAAUAAUCUUUUCUAUGUGAUCAUACAAUUUUUAAUCUACAUGAAGACCCAUCAGGAAGGUGCUUUGGAAGGUGUCAAUCUUGGUAAAAGCGGCAUUAAUGUCUUGUGUGUCAUCGAAAGCUGAAUAUCGGAUUUAGCCAAGUAAUUUUUACGCUUUCCUCACUCAUACUCAUACAUAUGUAAGUCGUAAGCAUUAUUAUAAUAUGAAUACAAUUACACUUAAGUAACUAAUUAAGACUUGACAUGUGGAUUGAAUUAAAUCUUAGACUACAUUCUACUUUGUUAACAAAAAAUAUAAGUUUCUACGGUUUUAAAAUUAAGUUGUUGAGAGCUGAUUAAGGCCGUUUUAACAGUAUGGCUUAAUCAUACUGUCUCGACUCCCAGUACAAAAUAAUUUGAAGUUAAUUGCCAAACAACCUAUGGAGCCAAAUAUAAGCUUGAGGUUAUUUUAAUUAUUUUUUUGGUAAGAGCUUAAAAGUAAGAAUGCUUCAUGUGAAUCUGAAUAUUAAAAGCUGCUGAAUGAGAAUGAAACCAAGAAAGCAAUUUUGAGGACACAUGAGAUUACUUACACUCGCACGUAAAUAUGUACGUACUACUUACGUAUGUCACGCAAAAAUUCGUAGUAGCAAUAAUUUUGCAAGUAGUUUUCGCGUAAACUUUUAAUUAAAGAGAUUUACUGAUUUAUAUCGCAAAUCCAUGGUACAUUCUUUUGGACAUUAAUCGUUUUUGUGCUGCGGAUUUAUCGUGUCACUGGAGUGAUUUGUGGCUGAAAUACAGCGCGCAAUGCCACAACAGCAAAAGGCAGAUGCAUACCAAAUACAAUCAUGCAACAUACAUAAAUGGAAAGUGGCUGAAGGUAAACUAAAUUGUUGUGUAGCAUAAUAAAAUAAAGCGUUGUUAAAGUGAUAACAGUGUUUUAAGG